CUAACCAAAGAAAACUGACCAUACUUCACUACAUACUGUAGUUUAUUAUGUUUAUCUUAAAAAAAUCAAUGUAACACAUAAUGCAGGAGCAACUGCUGACAGACAUGAGCUCAAACACACUUUCUGCCGUGCUAGAGAAGCUGAUUCACCGACUGUGUCUGCAUGACUUUCCUUGUGGAUAUGGCACCUGGAGAAAGACCAAAGGCAGCACAGAGGGAGCAGAGACAGAAGAGACAGACGCCCUCCUGGAUCUACUGAGCUGCCCUCACUCUCCCUGGCGGCAGGAUGGAUCAUGGAGCCCUCAAACUGCGGCCCUGAGACAGCUGGCUGUGCUCACACCUGAACGCCUGCACACGGACUUCAUUUACAGUUACUUUACGACACUUCACAUCUUGGACAAGGGUGUCUCAGUCGUUGACGACGGCCUGUUAAAGUUCUCAAAGCUGGAGGAACUGGUGCUGAGUGCCAACAAAAUCUCAGAAAUUCCUGCAGAAAACCUUCCCAGCACUUUGAAGAUUUUGGAGCUACGUGACAACUGGCUGUCUGCUCUGAACAGUCUCACCAGCUGCCCACCCCCUCGCCUGCAGUACCUCGGCCUCAGCUCAAACAGUCUGGGAUCCCAUGACGUAGUCUGUCAUCUCACAGGAACACACUGGCCACAGCUGGUGUGUCUGGACCUGAGUGACUGUGAGUUUCAGAACCAGCAGGCCCUACUGGAUGCUUUGAACACGCUCCCCUGCCUCAGGACGCUGGUUCUAGAGGGAAACCCCUUCACUCUCGCUCCCUUCUACCCAGGCCUCACUGUAGACAGUCUUCCACGGCUCUCAUACCUAGACGCCUCACGGAUCUCCCCUGAGGAAAGAUGUAGUUUUAGCAGCCUCUCCAAGAUGACUGAUCUGAUAGAGGACCGGGCAUCAGCCACAGUGAGUGUGGGCAGAGUGAGGGGAAUCCCAGACCCAUUGAUGAGUUUGGACGAAAACACUCCUGAUUUCCCUGUUAUCACCUACGGCUACUUUAUCACAUACGAGUUCCUUAGUCAUCAAACUGUUGACCUGAAGUUCAGUAAGUCUAAAUGUGACGCAGCACAUGUGACGGAGGAUGUCUUCAGUGAUGCUGACCUACAAUCAAACAAAAACUGUGAAAAAGAAUCUUCCAAACCAGACGCACAGGACUUGGUGGUGUAUACUGAGAAAACCUGCUAUGACACUGCACAUGUGUCAAGACACAGAACAUCAAAACUGACAUGGGCAGAGUGCAUGGACUUCAGUGACACACAAACGUACAUUGUUAGUGAUCUGGGAGGCUUAAAGAGAUUUUUCAAUCAAGGUCUUUAUCUUACGCUAGAGGAGGAAAAGGUCCUGUCAUGGCCUGCAGCCUCUGAAGACGUCCCGGUGGCCAAACCCAGCCGAAAUGUUAAAGAGAGGAAAGGUGGGAAAGAAAAAGAGUCUCCAAUCAAAUCAGGUUCCACCAAAGACAAGGACAAAAAGAAGAAAUCUGUACCAGAUCUGGUCCAGGACGCCCCCAUCAGAAGAACCCUUGGCUCCGUCCACGUCCCCCUGCAGGGCUUGGUAAAAAGAGGUCAUAAGGUCGAUGUUCUCUGUGACCUUGGCACCCUGCACACUGAGUCUGAGCUGGAAGCUACGCAAUCACUUGAAAAGGAUCUGGGAAAGAAAAUCAAAGAGGACAAGAAGAAGGAGGACAAGGAAUCAAAGCGGAGAGGAGGCAGUGGUACCAAACAGAAGAAUACAGCAGCUUUUAAAGGCAGAGGAAAGGGAAACAAGGAAUCUGAGACAGAUGUCCACACAGACAACUCUGUGUCCAUCCAACUGGAGCCAUUGACUGUGGAGUUGAGUGUGGAGCUGGAGAAAUGGCAGUCUGCAGCUGAAGCGAAUCAACUUACACUACCACAUAAAAGCAAACAGCCUGAUUUGUCUUAAAGUAAGAUUAUAAGCUUGAUCAAUUAGAUCUACUAUACGUUAUGGAGCCGUAUCCAAACUAGUCCUGCUAGCUUAGAUUAAUCUCUUAUGUUCCUCCCUGUAUUCCCUCAUUACUGCUGAUGUAUUGCUGGUACCCCACUUCACAUCCCACAGGACUCAAAAGAUCUGAAGCUAACACCCUGGUACCAGAUACUAUACCGGUCCAAGGAGCACCCAACGUGGAUCAAGGUUACCUCUAGUGUACCAGCACGUCCCUCGAAUGUCCGAUCAGAUUGGGAUCUGGGGUAUUUGGAGGCAAAGUCGACACCUUGAGCUCUUUGUGUCAUUCCUCGGGUCAUUCCUGAGCAGCUUUUAUGGUGAGGCACAAUCAGUAGUCCUGCUAGGGGGGCACUGCCAUCGACAAGUGCUAUUGCCAUGAGUUUUUUUUUUUUUUUUUUUUGUCUGCAAUUGUGUUCGGGUGGGUGGAGUGCGUCAAGUAGCAUCCACAUUACCCAAGGUUUCCCAACAGAACAUUGCACUGUAACAAGAUGGUCAAUUUUAUUCACUUCACCCACCACUGGUUUUAAUGUUUUGGCUUAUCGGUGUAGGAUCUGACACAGAGAAAUGUACACAGGGGACUUAACCCAAGUCAAGAUGGUGCAAUUACAAAGAAAGCACUGCUACAAGCUGAUCAGACAUGAAGGUCUGUGUAUGAACCUGUAUUUUGGUAACCAACCUUUUUCCCUUAAGGGACCCCUUCUCUAUCAUUGAAAACACUGAGGACUGACUGACAUAUUUUAUGGAUGCCAGGCAGGGGAAAAAUGGUGCUGUGUUUUCUCCCUCCUCUGUCUUCUCUUCAGGUGCUAACAACCUGAUUACUUCCACCUUGUGCAGUUCUGUCAGAGUGCUGAUUGGUUACCUCAUGCUUUCAGCCUGCCUGUCAUCAAGAAAAGGAGCUCGUCUGAGGAGUUUCCGCCUGUCCUUUUGAUCAUCUUUUAUCCUCUUUUGCUGCUCAGAUUUUGAUAAAGUUGUUAGAAAUUGAAGGUGUGGCAGGAGGUUGAGGACUGCAGGUGAGUGGAGUACCCUAUACAUUUCCCUCACGUAGUUAUUUUGUGUUUAGACACACUAAGUUUAUUGGUUGUUGCCACCCAUGUAUUUGUUUGGUGAAGCUCUUUUUUUUUUAGAUUUUGUUUUAGGUUUUUGGUUUGUGUUUUGCUUUAGAUGUAGAGGUUAGUUGAGGUCUGGUUUUGUUAUAUUGCUUUUAUUUAUUUGAGCCUUCCCUCACAUUUGGAGAACCUUGCGUUACACUUGUAAGUAAAUCACUUUUCAUUGUGUAACUGCCACUCUGACUCGUUUAAUUAUUUGAUUGUCCUGUUGUUGUUGUCUUGUAUCUUCCAUUUUCAAAAGGGGGCAUAACAUGGACAUUUCAUAUGCUAUUCAAUGCAUAACAAUAACCUUGCAGAAUAACUGAUUAACUGUAUGAUAAAAGGUCCAGUGUGCAGGAUUUAGUGGCAUCUAGCCGUGAGGUUGCAGAUUGCAACCAACUAAAACUUCUCCCAUGUGCCAAGCAUGUAGAAGAACUAUGGUGGUCGACACGAAAACAAAAUGUAAUACAUAAAAUAUUUACAUUUCUUUAUAAGAGAAAUUAAAGUUUUUAAUUGGGCUAGAGCCCAAAACUGCUGCCCGCUGGUCAGGCCUGGGUCAGGCUUGGACAUAAACUGUGCUGGUUCAGGUAGGGUUGAUCUAGAGCCGGUGUUUGUUUGGUUGGUUUGUUUGUUCUAAGCUACUGCAGAAACAACAUGGUGGACUCCGUGGAAGAGGACUCACACCGUAUAUAGAGCUCACUCUAUGAUAAUGAAAGCAUGAUGAUUCUUAUUUUCAGGUGAUUAUACACUAAUGAAAACAGAGUUAUGACUAUAUUUUAUUUCUAUCAAUAUAUAUCCCCAGAAAUCCUACACACUGGACCUU